AUCGAACUAUUUCAUACGUCGUAAGGUUGCGGAGCAGGUACAAUCAAAACAAUGCGUCAUAGGCAAAACAUUUGUCGUGUCUAAAAGGUUGUGUUGUUUGUUUGUCUGCUACGGUGGUUUAAAUAACAGUUUUUAAAGCGAGUGGCUUACUUCCAUUGUUAGUUGAACUGCAGCAGGAGGUGUUGGUGCAUACGAAGCACGAUAUAUAUAUUUUUUUCAUUUGGUGUAUCUUAUCAUUACACUAAAUUAAUUCUGUUGUUUCCAGAAUAAAUAAUGUGCCUCGGUGACUUUUUGUUAUUUGCGUUGUUUUUUACGGGGCAUUUGCAUUUAACAGUUUCUAUGUCCAGCGUUGUUGCUGAUGUCGAUGGACCUCCCUUUAUUUUGGUGCCCGGGGACGGGGGCAGCCAGGUGGAGGCGCGCCUCAACAAGACCAGCGUGGUGCACUACGUGUGCGAGAAGACCACCGACGACUUCUUCAACAUCUGGCUGAACAUGGAGCUGCUGGUGCCCCUCAUCAUCGACUGCUGGAUCGACAACAUGAAGCUGGUGUACGACAACGCGUCGCGCACCACUCGCAACGUGGACGGCGUGGAGACCCGCAUCCCGGGCUUCGGCGCCAGCUACUCCGUCGAGUGGCUGGACCCCAGCCACGCCUCCACCGGGUCCUACUUCGCCAGCAUCGUGGACGCGCUGGUGGGCAUCGGCUACCGGCGCAACAUCACCGUCCGCGGGGCCCCGUACGACUUCCGCAAGGCCCCCAACGAGAACGCGGACUACUUCGCCCGGCUCCGUGCACUGGUGGAGGAGACGUACGUGGCGAGCGGGGGCCAGCGGGUGGUGCUGCUGGCACACAGCAUGGGCGCCCCCAUGUGCCUGCACUUCCUUCACCUGCAGUCGCAGGCGUGGAAGGACGCCCACGUCCGGGCGCUCGUCACCCUCGCCGGCGUCUGGGGCGGCUCCAUCAAGGCCCUCAAGGUCUACGCCGUUGGCGACGACCUGGGCUCGUACGUGCUGCGCGAGAGCACGAUGCGCGAGCAGCAGAUCACGUCGCCCAGCCUCGCCUGGCUGCUGCCCUCGCGCCACUUCUGGGCCGACCCCGAGGUGCUGGUGCAGACCGAGGUCCGCAACUACACCGUCCGGGACUUCCGGCAGUACCUCGUGGACCUGGACUACGAGGUGGGCUGGGAGAUGAGGAAGGACGUGGAGCGCUACGCCGAGGACUUCUCCCCGCCCGGCGUCGAGGUGCACUGCCUCCAGGGCUACGGCGUGCCCACCGUCGACCGGCUGGUGUUCGCCAAGGGCAAGUUCCCGGACGGCUACCCCGGCUUCGUGUACGGCGACGGGGAUGGCACGGUGAACAACCGCAGCCUGGCGGGCUGCCUGCGCUGGCGGGAGCGGCAGCCCCAGCGCGUCUACCACCAGGCCUUCCCCGGCGCCGACCACAUGGGCAUCCUGCGGGACGCCCGCGUGCUCGCCUACGUCUCGGGCCUGGUCGCCAAGUUCCGCGCGUUCCCCCGCCGCCCGUAGCGUCGCUGUUUCCUUCUUGAGGGCUUUCCCCGUGGAUUCAACAACGUGAUAGCUUCCCUGCGUUUUGUGUUCUGUCCCCAGUUUUCUCAUUACUGCUGUUUGAGGGCUUUCCCUGUCAAUUCAACAACAUGAUUUUUCUUGUCAUUACUGUUGUUUGAGGGCUUUUCCUGUGAAUUCAACAACAUGAUUUUUCUUGUCAUUACUGUUGUUUGAGGACUUUUCCUGUGAAUUCAACAACAUGAUUUUUCUUGUCAUUACUGUUGUUUGAGGACUUUUCCUGUGAAUUCAACAACAUGAUUUUUCUUGUCAUUACUGUUGUUUGAGGGCUUUCCCUGUGAAUUCAACAACAUGAUUUUUCUUGUCAUUACUGUUGUUUGAGGACUUUUCCUGUGAAUUCAACAACAUGAUUUUUCUUGUCAUUACUGUUGUUUGAGGACUUUUCCUGUGAAUUCAACAACAUGAUUUUUCUUGUCAUUACUGUUGUUUGAGGGCUUUCCCUGUGAAUUCAACAACAUGAUUUUUCUUGUCAUUACUGUUGUUUGAGGACUUUUCCUGUGAAUUCAACAACAUGAUUUUUCUUGUCAUUACUGUUGUUUGAGGACUUUUCCUGUGAAUUCAACAACAUGAUUUUUCUUGUCAUUACUGUUGUUUGAGGGCUUUCCCUGUGAAUUCAACAGUAUGAUUUUUUUUGUCAUUACUGUUGUUUGAGGGUUCUUCCUGUGAAUUCAACAACAUGAUAGCUUGCUUGCAUUUUAUGUUUUGUCCCGAGUUUUUCUCAACAGAUAUUUUCUAAAUACAGUAAAUCCCUGUUUAUAAAUGUCUCAAGGUACUCAGCAUUGUAGUCUUACCAACAGUGUAAAAUUCUACGUAUUAACAAGUCAAGUGUUAAAUAUGUUAAAACCUAUUAUGCAGGAAAUGUCCUGAAGAGGGUUUAACUGUUGUAUUAUGUAAUAGCGGUAAAAAGUCACACACAUGUUAAUAAUCAUGAUUACUUCCUUGACCUUUCAAAGCAUGAAAAUAACACUUGGUAAGUAUCUGGUGUUCUGGAAAAUCCCUCCACGUGUGAAAUUGAGCCAGAAGGAAAACGCAAUAUACGACAUUUCUCUGCCAGGGUUCAACAUUUUUGUAAGACGACCAAUGAAGUGUUAAGUGUUACACUGCUCUACUAAUCCCGUUUCAUCCUUACUUCACAGGGAAUUAACUGUUGUAAUUGGUCAGAAAUAUAUAAUAAAUGGUAUCAUAUUUGCUGCUCCAUUAAUUUUUAGUUCUGAUUUUGGUAUCUGGUGGCAUGGUUUCUUGGGUAAAUUUAAUUUUUAUGAAAGGGAUUUUUUUUAUUAUUUAAUUAUUAUUUAAAAGGUUUGAAAAAAUGCUAAACCCGAACUUAAAAGUAAAAAUUUCAUUGCCUUCCUGUGUAAGAUGAGCAGUUUUGAAAAUAUCUCAUAAUUUAUUAGUUACUUCAUUAGAAAAAGUAUUGAACUAUCAAAAGUUUUAAAUUCAAUAUUUUCACAAUAAUUAAAAACUUACCUUUAAUUUAUAAACUAGACUAAGUAUGCAAGUUCAGUACAUCCUUGUUAAAACUACAGAUGGUGGUGGUGGGGGGGGGGGGGGGGGGGGGAA